AGGGUGUCGGUGAUUCUGCAAUUGAAACUCUUGUACGCAGCAGCAACACCGAAGAAUCCACCUUCGGCACGCGUAUAAAUUCAACGGCGGGAUCCAACUGGGAGUCAGUUUUCUGGUGGCAGCCUCAGCAAGUGGCCUGGCCUUCAAGUGAUCCAAAUCAACAAAUAAAAAAAAAGAAAGAAAACUGAAAAAAUGCCCGUUCCGGAUAUAAUUAGCUUGAAGAAUUAGUGAUCUCCUUGUGACGCCUGAAAUCGAAAGAAACCUCCUGAUUUUGGUGAAUUGUUUGUCUUGUGAACAAAAUGAAAGUCAACCACGGAGGAACAUGAGCGCCAGAUCCAUCGAGAAGAUUGUCUAAUAAAGUCGCAUUAGGCAGUCGGAAUAUUUGCGCGGGGGUUUGGCAUCAAAAGAAGAUAAAUACGGGAGGUUACCAGUACCCGGGGCAACAUGACGAAUGAGGACUUGAUGAAUACAUCUGGUCAGAGUGGUGAGGGUGGAGGGAAAGGAUCGCACUGGCCAGCGGCGGAAGGUGAGCGAAAUGCAGCGUCGGAGGACACGGGAGAGGCGCAUCCGACGCCAGCCAAAGAGAGUGACCCACUCCAACCCAAAAUGGUUAAUACCAACAAGGAGCGUGUCCUCGUUGUCUCCCUGACGCAGGAGAAUGGCCGCGAAACUUGGGGUCAGAAGGCGGAAUUUCUGCUGGCCGUUGUGGGAUUUGCCGUGGAUCUAGGCAAUGUAUGGCGCUUCCCCUAUAUCUGCUACCAGAAUGGUGGUGGAGCUUUCCUGAUACCCUACUGCAUCAUGCUCCUCCUGGGCGGACUACCGCUCUUCUACAUGGAACUGGCCCUUGGGCAGUUUCAUCGAUGUGGCUGCCUCAGUAUUUGGAAGCGAAUCUGUCCAGCACUGAAAGGUGUCGGCUACGCAAUCUGUUUUAUUGAUGUUUAUAUGGGGAUGUACUACAACACUAUCAUCGGCUGGGCAGUUUACUACCUAUUCGCAUCAUUUAGCUCAGAAUUGCCAUGGACAUCGUGUGGCAAUGAAUGGAAUACACCAAACUGUUCACGCGUCACGAACCUCACCAUUGUCAAUGGCACGAGUCCGGCCAGGGAAUUCUUUGAACGUAAGGUUCUGGAGCAGCAAAAAUCCGAUGGAUUAUCCUACAUGGGCCCUGUGAAACCAUCUCUAGCCCUCUGUGUCUUUGGUGUCUUUGUACUGGUGUACUUUUCCCUAUGGAAGGGUGUCCGGAGUGCAGGAAAAGUCGUCUGGGUUACAGCCCUAGCGCCCUAUGUUGUUCUCCUAAUUCUCCUGGCACGUGGAGUAACUCUUCCUGGCGCAGCUGAUGGUAUUCAGUACUAUUUGACGCCAGAAUGGCACAAAUUGAAGAAUUCUCGCGUAUGGAUUGAUGCUGCAUCGCAGAUUUUCUUCUCCCUGGGUCCAGGAUUCGGCACCCUUCUGGCACUCUCCAGUUACAAUAAAUUCAACAACAACUGCUACCGUGAUGCUCUCCUCACCAGCAGUAUUAACUGCCUCACCAGUUUCCUGGCAGGCUUUGUCAUCUUCUCUGUGCUGGGCUACAUGGCUCAUGUGCAACAUAAGUCCAUUGAUCAAGUGGGAUUGGAAGGUCCAGGACUUGUGUUCAUUGUAUAUCCGGAAGCCAUUGCAACAAUGAGUGGUUCGGUGUUUUGGUCCAUUAUUUUCUUCCUUAUGCUCAUUACAUUGGGCUUGGACAGCACAUUUGGGGGAUUAGAAGCUAUGAUUACAGCUCUCUGUGAUGAGUAUCCACGGACAAUUGGACGGAAGAGGGAAUUCUUCGUCCUCAUCCUCCUCGUGGGCAUUUAUCUCUGCGCUCUACCCACUAUGACCUAUGGUGGUGUUUAUUUGGUGAAUUUCCUCAAUGUCUACGGACCUGGUUUGGCAAUACUAUUUGUCGUGUUCAUCGAAGCAGCUGGCGUCUUUUGGUUCUAUGGCGUGGACAAUUUUUCCGCCGAUGUUAAACAGAUGCUUGGCCAUCGUCCUGGCAUUUUUUGGCGUAUCUGCUGGUUCUACAUUAGUCCUGUUUUUCUAUUGGUGAUAUUUAUUUUCUCAUUUUUGGGCUACGAAGAUAUGCUAGGCACCGAGUACACCUAUCCGGAUUGGAGUAUUGGCGUAGGAUGGGGUCUUACGGCAUCGUCAGUUCUCUGUAUACCAAUUUAUAUGAUUUACAAAUUUUUAAGGACACCAGGAGGAUUUUAUCGCCGUUUAAGGAACACGUUUAAGCCUGAACCAGUAAUUCAGAGUGCAGUUCCUGGCCAGGUGGGCACUUCGGUGUGACAUGAUGGCGUUUACAGCAGCCAAAUGCUUCGCUUCGAGCGAGAGGCGUUUUCACCAACAAUCCCAUCCACUUCCAACAGCACAUGUGUCCGAUUUGUGAAAUUUAUAGACAAUAAUCGCGAUGAGUGUUUGCCAGCAACCAAGAAUUCUCCCCUAUCCAAUGGUGCGUCGGAAAUUGUGCCCAAAAGGGGCCAGUUUAAGUGUAUCAACCUUGCGGAUGAUUAUCCCGUGUCGCUGUCCUUUGCAACGGAAUGGCUUGUGUAAAAGUGUUGAUUGUUAUAUCAUCGUUCUCUAUUUAGGCAAAAAAUGACGUUUACAGGUUGAAGAGUUAUAUUUUUAGAAAAUAUGAAAAGAGAAUUGACCCAGUAAGUGAAAAAAAAAUCUAUACAAUCAAACCUUUAUAGUGAAAAUGUUUAACCCUAGAUGUUAUGUCUAAAAAUUGUUAAGGGUAGUAGAGUAAGUAGAAAAUUUGGGUUUUUUGUUUAUUCGAGAAACAUAAAAAAAUGGUAACAUAAGCUUUUAUGGACUUCCCUCACUAGAAUUGAAGCCAAUUGUGGGCUUUCCAACGUGAAAGUAUUAAAUUAAAAUGUUUUUUUUUCUCUGAUUUUCUCAAUUGCAAAAACAGCCAUAUUUGCAAAUGAGAAAUUCUUAUAAAGUUUUUUUUCUUUGAAAAAAAAAAGAGUGUAAAAUUUUUAAUAUGCCAAAAAGGAAUUUAUAAAAAAAAUCCAAUUUGUCUAGAGAAAAAAUUAAUUGUGAAAGUCGAAUAACUCAUUGUAACUUAUAUUGUUGGUCGCCUUGGAGAAUCAUCGGAUUGUGCUAAAAAAUAAUUGUUGAAUAUUCUAAUGAAUUUUGUAAUUAUAAUAGAAAUGACACAUUUUUUGGGAAAUCUAAAAAUGAAAUUGCGUAAAUGUGAUUCCUCUGUGCAACGCAAUAAGUUAAAUUUCUUCUCUGAAAUUCUAUUAAACAGCCAUAUAGAAUUUCAUUCAUAAGAAAUUUUGGAAAUGAAAAUCAAAAUAUUUAUUUAAUUAAGUAAUUCUGUUGAAGUUCAGAGAAUAAUUUUAAGGGCGACACAAUUUACAGAUGUAUACUAUUUUCUGCCAAUAUCAUUUAGUGAAAUUUUAUAAGUUAACUGGUGUUAAUAAAAUCUUUAUUUUACACAUUAAA